AAUGAUUAAGAGUAAAUACAAGCUUACUAACGCUUUUUCUGCUAAUUCAAUCCGAGUUCUUGGAAAAAGUCUUCCAUGGGUAUAAAUAGGACUAAUUUUUAAAAUUGUUAUUAGAAUAAAAUUGGACACGAGAUAUUUCACAAAGAUACAUAAACAAAUAUCACUAGAAAUAAAAAGACAAAAUGAGUUUCAACGAAGACAUCACUGCAGUUAUAAUUGACAAUGGUUCCGGAAUGGUUAAGGCUGGAUUUGCAGGAGACGAUGCUCCAAGAGCCGUGUUCCCUGCAGUUACUGGACGACCAAGAUAUCAAAUGGUAAUGGCGGGAAUGGGAGGAAAAGAUUGUUACGUUGGGGACGAGGCCCAAAGUAAACGAGGCAUACUGUCUAUGAAAUAUCCCAUCGAACAUGGAAUAGUGACUAAUUGGGAUGACAUGGAGAAGAUCUGGCAUCAUACGUUCUAUAAUGAACUGAGAGUGGCACCAGAAGAACAUCCGGUUAUGUUGACUGAAGCACCGAUGAAUCCGAAAGCCAACAGGGAGCGAAUGACACAGACAAUGUUUGAGACUUUCAAUACACCAGCAUUUUACGUCGGUAUCCAGGCUGUUUUAUCCCUGUAUGCAUCAGGACGAACAACAGGAAUCGUGUUUGAUGCAGGAGAUGGAGUUUCUCAUGUUGUUCCUAUAUAUGAAGGGUACGCUUUACCCCAUGCCAUCAAGAGACUAGAUCUCGCCGGACGAGACUUAACAGACUACCUACAGAGGAUACUUCUUGAAAGAGGAUACAGAUUUACCAGUUCUUCUGAAUGGGAAAUUGUUCGGGAUAUUAAAGAAAAAAUGUGCUACGUUGCCCUCGAUUUCGAAAAAGAACUUGAUUCAUCUGUCAAAUCAUCUCAAGUAGAAAAAAGCUACGAGCUACCAGAUGGCGGUGUCAUUACUGUUGGAAACGAGCGAUUCCGGUGUCCGGAAGUCCUGUUUCAACCAUCUUUUACUGGAAUGGAGGCUGCCGGUAUACAUGAGAUGUUGCAUAACUCAAUCACGUCAACAGAUAUUGACAUCAGACGAGACCUGUAUAAUAACAUAGUUUUGUCUGGAGGGUCAACAAUGUAUCAAGGAAUUGCAGAUAGACUGAAAAAAGAGUUGGACGCGAUCAUUCCAAAUUCCAUGAAAACAAAAAUAAUUGCCGCCCCAGAACGGAAGUACUCAGUGUGGAUUGGGGGAUCUAUUUUAGGAUCACUUGCUACUUUUGGACAAAUGUGGAUUUCUAAACAGGAAUAUGACGAAUGUGGACCUAGUAUUGUUCACAGGAAAUGCUUUUGAUGUUGAUGUAAACAUAUUUUGACAAUAUAUAUAGUUGUACAUGUAUGUGCAAUAAUAUUACGUAUCUCACAGAUUGGUCUUUCUUGUUAAUAGACGUAUGUGCUAAUUUUGGACACACGUGGAUUUCUAAACAGGAAUAUGACGAAUGUGGACCUCGUUAUGUUCGCAAGCAAUGUGUUUAUUGUUGACAAUAGUGUGUUCAAUCACAUUGGACCAUUGGGCUUUCAUGUUAAUUAAACGUGUGUGAUAUGAUCAUUCUCAAUUUUAUUACGUUACCAUGGUUAUUUCCAUUGUUGUCAUCAUUAUUAUAGGCAUUUGAAAUAUCGUUGUUUGUCUCGUCAUACAUGUAAUCAUCUAUUUUAUACUC